AUGAUCGAAUCUUUGCUGAACUACAGGGAAGAAGCUAAAACAAGUCCACUUUCUAUGGCCAUGUUUUACACAGAUACUGCCGGAAAGAUGAAUGUAGUGAACCCCUUGGCUGCAGACGAUGAAGCAAACCUUGGAUUAAAGGCUCGCUAUGAGUUUACCAAAGAGAGUCAUACUGUGGAUAUGAUGGGACCCAUUCACAGUGAUAUAUUCUUUCAAGACCGGUUGAUGCUCAAUGGAGUUAAUUUAAGAAUCAAAUCGAACCGAGCGAAGAAUUUUUUUUGUCUUGUGUCCUCAGCAGCCGCAGCUAAUUUCAAAGUGGUUGUCACAGAAGCCAUCUUGUUUGUACGCAGAGUGAAGGUUGCCUCUGCUAUCAUUCUAGGACAUGCAGCUGUGCUAAAACACUCCAGCGCCAAGUACCCCAUUCGCAGAAUCGACUGUAACGUGCUCUCUAUUCCAAGAGGAUUGAGCAGUUUUAACCCUGACAACAUCUUUCUGGGUCAAAUUCCCAAUCGCAUAGUAUUGGGAUUAGCGGACACAGAGGCUUACAAUGGGAGUUAUCGUACCAACCCCUCCUACUUCAAACACCACAAUUUAACUCAAGUGGGUGUGUACGUGGACGGAGAACAAAUUCCCCGAAAACCUUUGUUCCUGAAUUUUGACGCCGCGGGUGGUCAAAAUGUGAUAGCCGGCUAUCAAAGUCUUUUCUCUGGUAUUGGAAAGCUUUCCCAGGAUACGGGCAAUCAGAUAAAUAGAAGUGAUUAUGGCUCUGGUUACACCUUAUUCGCAUUUGAUUUGACCCUAGAUCACUGCCCGGGAGAUCAUUUUGAGCUGAAAAAACAAGGAAACCUGCGCUUGGAGCUUCAUUUCUCGGAAGCACUCGCCAACACGGUUAACCUUAUUGUCUACGCUGAAUUUCAAAAUGUGAUUGAGGUCGGCGCAAACCGAAACGUUCUCUACGACUACACAAACUAA